AUGGCGGAAAAUGUGGAAGCAAACGAUCAAGUCAGACGCCGACGAGGACGUCCAACUCGCAAUCAAGGCGUUAAUUGCGGUAGACCUAUACCUGCGGAGGAGUUGCCAAGACCAGUCAGAAACCAGAUUCUUGAAGAGUUGGGAAGGCUUAGAAGAACGCAACCAAAUGAGCGGAUAUAUUUGUUAUCUGAGUUCAGAAAGCAAAGACCGCCGGUGUUCACAGGUGAGCUUGACCCGAGAGUCGCUGAGAGUUGGAUUCGUCAAAUAGAAAAGAUGUUGGAAACCAUGGGUAUUACUGUGCAUACAGACAAGAUCACCUUGGGUGAGAUGUCAGUGACUCAGUAUGUAGCCAAGUUUGAAGAGCUAGCGCGAUACGCAGCCCAAUACGUCGUAGAUGAGGGAGAGAAAGCACGAAAAUUCGAGUGGAGUUUAGACCCUAUUAUUAGAGGUAAAGUGUUACCCUUGCACCUCCCUACUUUUGCUGAUGUGGUGGAUACGACAUUGGAUGCAGAAAGAGAGUGGGCAGACUCAAAAAGGAUUUGGAUGAUGAAAACGAAGAAAGGGGGUCAGUCCUUUGUAGGGCCAAGAAGAAAUGACCGAAGGAAUGUGGUACGGACACCAUACAUCAGACCGUCGCAACAGCUGCAACAGCAAAGCCAGAAAGGAAGUUUACAAACCAAGCCUAUUACACAAAUCCAGUGUUUUUACUGUCACCAGAUAGGGCAAAAGAAGUCGGAAUGUCCCCAACUUUCUGGGAUGGGAAAUCAAGCAGGGGGUUCAAGCGCGAAUGCUCAAGUUAUUGGCGGGCAAAGGCCAUGGACGAACAAGUCAGGAGGAAACCGAAAGGUUGGACCAACCGGUAAUCAAAAAGGCACAGGCAGAGUUUUUGCCCUCCAAGAGGAAGGUAAUGAAGAUCCAUCAGUAAUUAGAGGUAACCUUGUACUCUAUAAUUCCUGGGUUCACGUUCUAUUCGGUUCUGGCACAUCACAUUCUUUUAUAUCAACCUCAUGUGUUAAAUCAUUAGGUCUUAGAUGUUUUGAGAAACUACUUUACGUGUUGCAUCACCCUUGGGAGGAAGUAUUAGGGUAG